AUGAGAGAGUUUCGUGCAAUGGAGAGGGAUCCGAGAUCGGUAAUAAGGAGGCAAAGGGAGUGUGUUAUGGGGUGGUCUCACACAAUUGGGAAACUUGAACUGUUGGGAGUGGAUGGAGCUUUCUGUUGGCCAAGCAGGAAACUUGUGCCACCUCCAAUCGAUCCGAUUUUCCCUUCGGCAUUUGCCCCCUGCUUGAGCGAUUCCCAAUUUCCCAUUGUUAGGGCUAUACGAGUCUCUUUUAAUUACGUGGGCUUUUUUACCUCUAAGUCCAUCAACGAAAUGGGUUAUACUCUAGCUCAUUUGGGUCGGUUAAUUUUAUGGGUGCAGCAGUAUGAAAAUAUUCUUAACAUGGAAUCCUUUCAUAAAAUGCUACUGGCAAGUAGAAACAAGCCUGGUGGGGUCCAGAUUCCGAAGGAAGCAAGAGGUAAAGCGCAUGAGCCAAAGAGACAUCAUAUAAAACAAGGAGAAAGAAUAGAAAUUCUUGCAGCAAAUACGCAUCUUUCUAUGUCACCGGCUAUCCACGUCCCUGGACAAAUUGAACAAUGUGCUCUGUUUCCUCUUCCAAUGCCCAAAGCAACCUAA